AUGGCUCGACGCUCCGCCCGACUCAUUGUUCUUACUCAAACUCGCACUCGAAGGAAGAUGUUGACUAGUGGCACUGGGAAAGGUAAGAAGGCGGUAGCUGUGGGGGGAAAGGAGAAAAGAGAAAAAUGUGCUUGGCCCGUUGAAGACACAACUGAAUUCCUGAACCUCAUAAAGGCCAACAAGAAGCUAGGGGGCCCUAAGAUGAGCUACAAGCCCGAAUUCUGGACUAUGAUAGAUAACCAAGGAAAUGGAGCAGCACACGACAAAGGGCGCUCGAAAGAGUGCAAGAGCAUUGAGAAGAAGGGUGUUGAUGUAAAUGAGGCAUCCCAGGUUGUUUGGAAUGAUACUGUCGAGGGAAACCCAAAGAAGGACAUCAACCAGUUUAAAAAUAGUGGAUGGGCAUACUUUGACUUGAUGCAGGAAAUGAUGCCAGAGCAUGCAACAGGUGUGCAUGCCUUCAGGGCUUCUCAAAAUCUUCAAGGGGGUAGCGUUGAAGGAGGCCUAGUUAGCGAUGAGGACAAUAAUGGUGUGAUGGAAGGAGACAGCGAUGAGGAAGUUGCCAACUCAAUGGAUAUUGAUCAGGCCGGCGGCAAGGACUCACCAGCGACUACUUGUAGUAACGAGUUUACCCUUGUCCCUACUCAAAAAUCCAGUCCAUCUGUUAAAUCCAGCACAGUCCGCCCUCCCAUUAGCUCAGCUUCAAAUAAAUCUGGUGAGAAGAGAAAGAUUGCAUCAGUAGAAGGUUCUGCAGUGACAGAGUCGGUAGUUACCGGCACAUCUCGUUCAAAGUCUGCUCGCCUAUCUGGUGCAGCUGCUCUCAAUGGCCUCAAGGAGCAAAUGCAACGUAGCAACAACAUCCAGGAGUCCCAGGGGAUGCAAUUCAUCUCGAUCGUCAAGAAAAUGGCCUCAAACACGUCCAUCACUCCCGAUGCCCCCGCUGCUCCCACCCCCAGCACUCAUGUCCAUACAAAUGACAACGACCACCCAUCUAUCCAAAAGAAUGCACGAAGCCUCGCAACAAAGCGUGCUCAGCACCUUGAGCGAUGGCUUGAUGAUAAGCGCCUGGUAGCGUUCCUUGAUCUGUUGCGUCUGAAGCCAGACAUUGUUGAAGGAUAUAUGGACCUUGAGGAGGGCCCAGAGAGGAAGGGUAUCCUGCAGUCAAGUUAA